ACUCUUUAUUUAAGCUAUAUCAUUAAUGUGCUGAGGGUAUAUAAAUAGAAAGUGGUAGCACAUGACACAGUAUACAUCCUUCUUAUCUAUGUUUUCCAUGGCUUUACUAGUCCUCUACUUGUCAUUUCUUAUCUCCUUUGUUCUCUUGGCCCUUGUUGUACAAAAAGUAGGAAAGAAGCUCAAGAAAACAGACUCAACAUAUAACCUCCCUAAAGGGCCUAGAAAGCUACCAAUUAUAGGAAAUUUGCACAAUCUGAUUGGCUCUCCAUUACAUCAAAAACUAAGAGACUUAGCCAGAAAAUAUGGACCCUUAAUGCAUCUUCAACUUGGAGAGAUUUCAACUAUUGUCAUUUCAUCACCUUACUAUGCUAGGGAGGUGAUGAAAACUCAUGAUAUUAACUUUGCAAUAAGGCCUAAAGUCCUAGCUUCAGAUUUAAUUGCUUAUAACUCCAAAGGUAUAGUUUCUGCUCCUUAUGGUAAUUAUUGGAGACAGUUAAGAAAAAUUUGCACAUUAGAGCUUUUGAGUCUAAAACGCGUCAACUCAUACCGGCCAAUUAGAGAAGAAGAACUCUCUAAUCUUGUCAAAUGGAUUGCAUCACAGAACGGUUCACCGAUCAACCUUACUCAAGCUGUAAUCUCUUCAGUAUACACCAUUGUUUCAAAAUCUGCCUUCGGCAAGAAGUGCAAAGACCAAGAAAAGUUCAUAUCAGCAUUGAAAGAAUUAUUUAAAAUUGGAGGAGGUUUUGACUUAGCAGAUUUGUUUCCUUCUAUUACAUGGCUGCAUUAUUUCACUGGUUUAAGGCCUAAACUUGAGAGGGUGCAUCUACAGAUUGAUCAAAUAAUGGAAACCAUUAUCAAUGAGCAUAAAGAGGCCAAGUCAAAAGCAAAAUUUAACCAAGGUGAUGAACCAGAUGAAGAUUUGGUAGAUGUUCUGAUAAAAUAUGAAGACGGCAACAACAAGGAAUUUAUCUUAUCUACAGACAAUAUCAAGGCCAUAAUCCUGGACAUUUUUGGUGCUGGAGGUGAAACAUCGGCAAACACCAUAGAUUGGGCAAUGGUAGAAAUGAUAAGGAAUCCAAGUAUAAUGAAGAUAGCACAAGCUGAGGUGAGAGAGAUUUUCAAAAUGAAAGGAAGAGUUGAUGAAAGUUGCAUCAAUGAACUCAAUUAUUUGAAAUUAGUAGUCAAAGAAACCUUAAGGCUACACCCUCCAGUACCUCUUUUGUUACCAAGAGAAUGUGGGCAAGCAUGCGAUAUAAAUGGUUAUCACAUACCGGUUAAGACUAAGGUAAUAGUCAAUGCUUUGGCGAUUGCAACAGAUCCAAACUACUGGACUGAACCAGAGAAGUUUUAUCCGGAGAGAUUCAUUGAUAGCACUGUUGACUAUAAAGGAAAUAAUUUCGAGUACAUUCCUUUUGGUGCUGGAAGAAGAAUGUGUCCCGGUAGCAUAUUUGGUUUGAGAAGUGUUGAGUUGACUCUUGCAACGUUGUUGUAUCAUUUUGAUUGGAAGCUUCCGAAUGGAAUGAAAAGUGAAGAUUUGGACAUGACUGAGGAAUUUGGAGUCACAAUGAGAAGAAAAAAUGAUCUUUUAUUGUUCCCUUUUCCUGUCAUGUGAGCUUAACUAGAAGGCUUUACAGAAAAAAUGUGUAAAACUUACUUCAAUGUUGUAAACCAUGACACAUAUUUGGACAUCAUUUGUGGAUGUAUGAGCCUGAAAAUGUAGAGCCAAUUGAAUAUUCAUAACUAAAUAAUUUAUUCCCAAAA